AUGUCUGCGAAUUUUGACGACAGAUUACUACAAGAAGAUAACGGAGGAAACGAGGAUCAUCUCCUCAGUGGAAAUGUUGGUGUUUUGACUGAUUCGUUAGUGCAUAAUAAUGAAAACUCCUCGUCCAAUAAGAAGCUUAGUGCUGCCGAACAUCGUGGAAGACCAUCUAAGGCCAUUUGGUCGUUGUAUGAUCGCGUUAGGGAUCCAGUCACCGGUCGAAUUACUAGGGCCCGCUGUAAAUUUUGUGACGAGACUGUUUCACCACGUCCUGCCGAGAGUAUGCUCAUUCAUUCCAAGAAAUGCGAGGCUUCUAAAGCAGCAUGUGACUCAAAGACAUAUGAUCAACUAACAGAUAUUUCUCCAUCCUCACGAUUGGUCAGACAUCACGUGAUGAUUAAUCACGCGAUAAAUUCUAUUGAGACUUCUGUUGAAGAAGAUUCAAUGGAAAAGCAGAUACUAGAGAGCUCCGAGACAAGCCUAUUGUCGACACAUGGCAAGAAACGGAAGUACGAUCCAUCUACAACGAAUAUGGAGAAGGAUAUGGCUGUGGCCCGGUUUUUCAUUUCUUCAGGGCUUCCAUUUUCUACUGUUAAGAGUGGUGCAUUUAAGCAGAUGAUACGUUUACUUAGCGAAGAUACUUAUAAGGCACCAACAAUGGAUGAAUUGACAGGAAUCUGUCUGUUAAAGCUUCACGCAGCAGACAGCAGUGCAGAAACUAAGGCCAUUGCCAAUAGUGCACUACAAGAAGAGCCAAAUAAAAUUAAAUAG